AUGACUCUGGUGGGAGCCGUGGCUGAUGGCCUUCAAGUCACCGUGCCUGACAAGAAGAAGGUGGCCAUGCUCUUCCAGCCCACUGUGCUUCGCUGCCACUUCUCCACGUCUUCCCAUCAGCCUGCCGUCGUGCAGUGGAAGUUCAAGUCCUACUGCCAGGAUCGCAUGGGGGAGUCCCUGGGCAUGUCCUCUCCCCGGGCCCAGUCCCUCAGCAAAAGAAAUCUGGAAUGGGACCCCUACUUGGACUGUUUAGACAGCAGGCGGACUGUUCGAGUGGUAGCUUCAAAGCAGGGCUCGACCGUCACCCUGGGAGACUUCUACAGGGGCAGAGAGAUCACGAUCGUGCAUGAUGCAGAUCUUCAAAUUGGAAAACUCAUGUGGGGAGACAGCGGACUCUAUUAUUGUAUUAUCACGACCCCUGAUGACCUGGAGGGCAAAAACGAGGACUCGGUGGAACUGCUGGUGUUGGGCAGGACAGGGCUGCUUGCUGACCUCUUGCCCAGUUUUGCCGAGGACAUUAUGCCAGAGUGGGUGUUCGUUGGCCUGGUGCUCCUGGGAGUCUUCCUCUUCUUCGUCCUGGUUGGCGUGUGCUGGUGCCAGUGCUGCCCUCACAGCUGCUGCUGCUACAUCCGCUGCCCGUGCUGCCCAGAUUCCUGCUGCUGCCCUCAGGCCUUGUAUGAAGCAGGGAGAGCAGCAAAGGCCGGGCACCCCCCCUCUGUCUCCGGUGUCCCCGGCCCUUACUCCAUCCCCUCUGUCCCCUUGGGAGGAGCCCCCUCGUCCGGCAUGCUGAUGGACAAGCCGCAUCCACCUCCCCUGGCACCAAGUGACCCCACUGGAGGAAGCCACAGUGUUCGCAAAGGCUACCGGAUCCAAGCUGACAAAGAGAGAGACUCUAUGAAGGUCCUGUACUACGUCGAGAAGGAGCUGGCUCAGUUUGAUCCGGCCAGGAGGAUGAGAGGCAGAUAUAACAGCACCAUCUCCGAACUCCCCUCCCUGCACGACGACAGCGGCUUCCGCCAGGCCUACCACCAGAUGAGGAGCAAGCAGUUCCCCGUGUCGGGGGAUCUGGAGAGCAAUCCUGACUACUGGCCGGGCGUCCUGGGGGGCGGCAGCGGGGCAAGCCGUGGCCCCUCGGCCGUGGACUAUAACAAAGAGGAUCCGGAGAGCUUCCGGCACAGAGUGACUUUCCAACCAGGAUGUCCCUUGUGGUCUGAUGUUUGUUUUCAAGGCGUCUCUCUGGGUGACUAGAAAUCAGAAGCAGACUCUGGGGACAAGACACAAAUCCAAGAGCCAGCGGGCCCGGGACCUUCUCUGGCCACCACCUCGGAAGAUUUGACCUUUGCUUUGGCAAGGGAUGGGGGGCAGCCUUUAAGGGGGGGGCUGAUUCCAAACUGCAGUGCACAUCUAGCUCUUGCGAGAAACAAGAAGGUGACUACAUGUGAGAACAUUCCCACACGUGGAGUGUCUCAUCCACUGAGUUCAUCCUGCCUAAUGUUCUUCCUUAGCCAAACCGAUUGGAUCCCUUUUCCAGUUCUUACAGGGAGUUAGCUCUGGGCUGCUGGUCCCUAGAACAUGCCUCUGCCUACGGUAUGUUCUUCUGUACUUCCUGGGCUGUGCUCAGAGAAGGAGGAACUUGUUCCUACCGGUAGAAGAAGGCCUUGUACUGACAACAGAAGAUAGCUUUAGGCAAAAUAUACCUUUUAUCCCCAUCUCCUCCCAGCCACUAGUCAAUGACUAUUGUUCCGCUAAAUUCAGAGGGCCUUUGGUGAGCUCAGUGACAGUGACCUGCUGGACAAUUACAGAAAUGACUUCAGUUUGCCUUUCUGAAUGGCAGUUCUUGAGCGGCUGGAGCAAAACAGAAGAGUGUACGUCUUUGAAAAGCUGUGUAAGUGGUGUUUCUUUUCCCAUCCUGAGAACGUAAACUGCUUUUUCUCCUUCUGCUGUGCGCCGUGACAUCUGAGUCUGGGACAUUAAGGGCUCUCCUCACCCUCCUUCUCCCGGACUUUUCACAUGUCGGUGCCACGCACAGAACGCCACCUCCCUCUGCACUCUGAUUAAAUGGUCAUC